GUAGUGUCAUCGCAGCAAAAGGAUGCCGCUGGUUAAGCGCACCAUCGAGCCCAGGCACCUGUGCCACACGGUGCUGCCUAGGAACAUCAAGAAUGAGCUGGAGUGUGUGACCAACAUCUCCUUGGCCAACGUCAUCCGCCAGCUCAGCAGCCUCAGUAAAUAUGCAGAGGACCUUUUUGGAGAGCUGUUCAAUGAAGCCCACUCCUUCUCUUUCCGGGUCAACUCCCUGCAGGAGAGGGUGGACCGACUCUCCAUCAGCGUCACACAGCUGGACCCCAAAGAAGAGGAAUUGUCUCUUCAGGACAUCACCAUGAGGAAAGCCUUCAGGAGCUCUACCGUUCAGGACCAGCAGCUGUUUGACCGCGCCUCUCUGCCCGUCCCUCUGCAGGAGAGCCUCCAGACCUGCGAGGAGCCGCCGCCUCUCAACAUCCUCACGCCCUACAGGGAUGACGGUAAGGAAGGUCUGAAGUUCUACACGGAUCCAUCAUACUUCUUUGACCUGUGGAGGGAAAAGAUGCUGCAGGACACGGAGGACAAGAGGAAGGAGAGGCGGAAGCAGAAGCUGGAAAUGCCUUAUCUUGUGUGUCCCAAGAGUCUUACAAGAGUCCUCACUGAUACCCCUCCUCCUCCCCUUACUCCCCCAGAGUUGCAGGACCCCCGCAUGUAUGAUCAGGUCUAUAGGUACUUAGACCUUCCAGGGCAGCUGAAGGCGAUCGACCGUCCGCCCGAGCCGGAGAAGGUGCCUCGGCAGCCUCACGAUCGGAAGAAGGAGUGGCAGAAGCUGGCGCUGGGGCCAGAGCUCGCUCAGGAUAUCCCAGAAGACAAGCACAGGGAGGCCAACGGAUCUACCGGUUAUCACGACAGCAGAACCGCCUUGUACAUGGAACAUCUGGACGGGCAUUUCUCGCUCGCAGCGCUGCCCUACACCCAGAUGAACGAGCUGCUGAACCGCACCGGGGACAGAAUGUAUUCCCGACCCCACGACCCUCCGCCGCCGCCUCCUCCCGGGCACCCGCUGGGCGAAAUCAAGCCCCCUUCUGUGAUCAGCUCCAGUUCAGGUUUCUCCGACAGCAGACCUCAAUCCCCAGCGAGGACAGCAGGCCUCAACUCCGGCACUCCUCCUCCGCCGCCACCCCCUCUCCCACCUCCUCCUCCUCCUUUGCCCUCCACGGGCCUGCGAGGCGCUGCUCCUCCUCCCAUUCCUCCUCUGCCAGUCCAGCAUCAGCAUCAGCCUCCAGCCAUCCCUCCUCCCCCUGCUCCCCUCCAGAUCGCGCCCGGGGUGCUCCACCCGGCCCCACCGCCUGUCGCGCCUCCUCUCCACUCCUUGUCCCCGGCCCGCCUCCAGCACCACCACCACCACGACAAGGGCCCGUGCGGAGGCUCCGGGACCCAGUCAGAUGGCACCAUGCUGCCCCCUCCCCCGCCACCACCUCCACUGCCGCUCCCUGGAGCGCGAAGCUCGUCGCCCUGUCUGUCAGGCCCCCCACCUGCGUCGGCCUUCCCCUCAGCGGGAGCCAUGGCCUCCCCGCCUCCUCAUGCCAUGCACGAUGUGGGGACCAAGAGGCACCAUCCAUCCAAUCUGCCACCAAUCAGCGACGCACGCAGCGUACUCUUGGAAGCAAUCAGGAAAGGAAUCCAGCUGCGAAAAGUGGAGGAGCAGCGAGAGCAAGAGGCCAAGCAUGAGCGAGUCGGGAACGACGUGGCCACCAUCCUCUCGCGGCGCAUCGCCGUGGAGUACUCUGACUCGGAGGACGAGUCCGAGUUUGACGAAGGGGACUGGAUGGAAUGACGGAGGGUGUUGGGGGGGUGUCGGGGGCAGCCGUUGGUGGUUGGUGAUAAAACAUUUUCAGGUGCCACCCCCACGCGCCGACACUCCUCGGCCCGCCGUCGAGGAAGAGGAGGGUUCUGAUCGCCCCCAUUUCCACAGUCGAGCUUCCUUUUCGUUCGAUCUCGUCACCUCUCCGUCUUGUUGUGGCUUGUGUUCGGUGGAAAGACUCCAUGUUGCUCUCAUUGAUCUGUCUAUUGUUAUUCCUUUUUCUUUUUUUUUUUGGCCUUCAUUCAUAUCUGCGACACCAAUCUUCCUGGUACAUCUUGUGAUGACUCAUCUUUACAGAUAUACACGAAAAAGACACAUUUUUGAAGAUUGACUUUUUUUUGUUUUAUCUGUUCACUGAUGUUGGACAAAAAAAAUUAUAAUAACGGAGGCGGAAAAAUGAAGGCAUGUUUCAUGUUUCUUAAGUUGUCCAAAAUGAUUUUGCCACCUGGUGGCUGAAUAUGGCAUUGAGUGAAUGCUGCUUUUGUUUAUUGUCUUUUUAUAGUCUUAAAACAUUUAUUGAUUUAGCAGGCCAGUAGUUCCCAGUACUGAGCACUACAUGAACAGUUCCAACACCAGCUGGGCUUUCAUUUCUCUCUUCUCUUACGUUGGAACUGACUUUACCAGAAAAGCAGACAACCGUUUUUUUUUUUUUUUUUUUAGUGAAGACAAGGAAGCAUUUGGCUGCUGUGACCACACGUGUGCGUAUCCAUCCGUUUACCUUUGCUCCAGGGGAAACGUUUGACAAGAGGCUGCCUUUUUCUGUCUGUCCAGUUCCCCCGGAGCCACUUCUACCAUUCCUGACCUCUAAACAAUGAUGGACAUGUCAAAAAAGAAACACAAAGCCAUCGAUUUUUCUUCUUCUUUUUUUUUUAAAAAAAAGUAGGUUCAUAAGUUUUCCUGACUCUUGGAGUGAUUUUAUACUCUGCAAGUGUAUCUGAGUUCCUGCCUUCCUCCUUGUUCAGAGCGCACAGAGAGACCCAGAGCAACAGCGGGUAAGGACCAUUAAAUCUCACAGAAGGCAGCAUAUCUGUCAGAUCCUCUUCCCCUUUGCUAUGUACCCUGCCCACCAAACUGCAGAACCUUUCUCGCUUGCUUCUGCAGCUGUCGUUACAGGCGUUACGAGGCCUAAAACAGAAGAACCCGUCUGCCAUCAGUUAGGUUUUUUUCCUUUUUCCAACUUGCCUUAUUGUUUGUACAAAAAAAAACAACAUAUUCUUGAGUUGAUGAAUGUAUUGUGCCGUUACUACUUACUUGCCUGCGCUUGUAUGGAUUUGCUGUUUCUCUGUUUUUGGGGCACAAUGGGACAGAAACCCUGGUUUAAAGAAGAAUGGGAGAAGAUUAGAACAUUACUGUAUAUGAUAUAAUUUAUGUAACUGUUGACUGUGACAGUUUGCUUGAAUUAAUAAAAAUCUAAUGUCAUGUUUCAGCUCCAUACCCUA